AUGGAGGCAAAGGAACUUUCUAUUUCCAAAACAGCUGAUGGAAUUGAAGUAUGUUACAAAAGAAAUUCAAGUUUACUUUUCAGCCCCUUCAGGAUUUCGAAAGACGAAGAUUUAAACAGAAACACCUUGCACACAUCUCUUCCAUUCUUCAUCAUGCAAUUGUUUGUUGCCAAUGUUGUUUAUCGCUUCUUCUUCUUCGUUGCUAGAUAUCUCCGGAUACCUCCUUUUGUUGCCCAGAUCCUUUGUGGUCUGUUAAUAGGUCCUUCUGGGGCCGGAGAGACUCGCAUAUUCAAGAAUUUUGUAUUACCAUAUCGAUAUACAGCGGUGCUAGAGACAUUUGCAAACUUUUCUCUUAUCUUCUACAUGUUCUUGUUGGGUUUGGAGAUAGACCUGUCUCUAAUUAAGCGGUCUAGAACCAAGGCUCUUAGCAUUUCUGUUGCAGGAAUUCUUGUCUCCUUCUUUGUAGCCUUGCUCUGCUUUUACCAGUAUUAUGAGGACGUAGGCAAAGGUGUAUUCUGGGCUGCUGCUCUUGGAGACACAAGCUUCUCCGACCUGGUCAGAAUACUCUCUGAUCUCAAGCUCCUUCGCACUGAAACUGGCAAGACAGCCAUGUCUGCAGCCAUUAUCAGUGAUUUAAUCACUUGGAUUCAUCUCAUAUUUAUUGUUUCAAUCUUUAACAAGGUAAAGAGGUUCAAAUUUCUGGCCUUAACCGCCACAAUUGGCUUCCUCUUGGUUUGUUGGUUUCUAGUACGUCCAGCUCUAUCUUGGAUAGUUUCAAAAACCACCAAAGCAAAAGAUCAGGUGACUGAGACCCAAAUAUGGUUUGUUUUUGCUGGGAUCGUGCUCUUCGGACUCAUCACCGAUGCACUAGGUGCCCAUUCCAUCGUUGGUGCCUUCAUGUUUGGGGUUAUUAUGCCAGACCACCAUCCUAUAAAAAAUACACUUGUUGAGAAGCUAGAUGAUUUUGUGUCUGCCAUUUUGAUGCCUCUUUUCUAUAUCACUAGUGGGUUAAGAACCGAUAUUUGGUAUCUUUUCAGUAAAACUGAAGGUUGGACGCCGAUCAUGUGGACCAUAGUUGGGUGUUGUGCAGCCAAGAUUGUGAGCACAUAUGUCGUUUCUUUCUUCUACAGAACACCAUCCAAAGACAGUUUGGCUUUAGGCUUGCUCAUGAACACAAAAGGCAUUUUGUCUCUCAUCAUCAUCAACGUCGGCCGUGACAUGAAUGUGUUGGACAGCAUAACGUUUCCACAGAUGGUCCUAGUGCUUUUUACAAUGUCGUGUCUAGCAAAGCCGAUCCUGUACCUGAGUUACAAGCCCAAAAAGGCACAAAAUAAGCACAAGACGAUGGAAAAAAUCCAGUCGAAUGCGGAGUUUCGGGUGCUAGCAUGUGUCCAUAACCUACGUAAUGCAUCAGCAGCCACUAGCCUCCUUCGAGAUUCUAAGGCCACCCCACAAUCACCACUCUUCAUCUUUGCCAUCCAUCUUAUCGAGCUCACCGGCCGAACUACAGCUUCCAUGCUCGUGAUGGACGACGAAUAUAAGACUAGACAUCACUUCAGGCAUAACAAAUCAGAUCAUGUAGAGGAUGGCUACAUUCUCAACGCUUUUGGAGCGCUCGAGGAAGAGGAAAGCAACAUCACAACUCAUACCGUCACUGUUGUCUCACCUUAUGAAACCAUGCACGAAGAUAUUUGUAGCCUAGCGGAGGACAAGUGUGUUAGCCUCAUCAUCCUGCCGUUUCACAAGGAAGUGACUAGCACUGGUAACAUGGAAGAGGAAAAUAUAGACUUUGCAAAUGUUAAUCAGAACGUGUUGAAAAAUGCACCCUGUUCUGUGGGCAUACUAGUGGAUAAUGGGAUGAACAUAAGUCGGGCAAGGUCGCAACAUGGGUCCAACCGCUGGUCUGGUGGGCAUAGCCUUGUCAUGAAGAAAAAUGUGAUCAUGUUCUUCCUGGGAGGGCCGGAUGAUCGAGAGGCUUUAACAUACGCAUGGAGGAUGACCGGAAAUCCAAAGGUGAAGUUAACAGUGGUGAGAUUUCAGAUAGGUGAGGAAGCAUUAAUGGGAGAACCAGCGUGGCAAAGGGAGAAAAAGAAGGACGAGGAGCUCUUGUAUGAGUUCAGAUUCAAAACAAUGAAUGAUCCAAGGGUGUUGUACAUGGAGAAAGUGGUGAAUGAUGGAGCAGAGACAAUAAAAAGUAUAAGAGAAAUUGAAAACGACUUUGAUUUGUGCAUCGUAGGAAGGGGUAAGGGAUUGGAAUCACAAAUAUUUAAAGGGCUUUCAGAAUGGGAAACUAGCCUGGACUUGGGAAUAAUAGGAGACGCUAUGGCUUCUUCUACUCUCUCAUCCCGGACCUCAGUUCUAGUGGUGCAGCAGUAUUCAACAAAUAAGAACCCAAAUUAUGAGUUUGAAAACUUUUCCACCUCCACCCAUAUUGAAACAACUCAACUUGAUGCGAAGCCAUUCAUGAGCCACAGUAGGAUGGAUGAGGAUGAUGAGGACGACGAUGAGGAUCACCACUGA